GCCAUGUGGCCAGUUGUCGCUUCGCCGCGAUCACGCCAUGUUGUGCCUCGUCCUGCUAGUGCUCGUCACGAACGAGAUCCGACCCGCGUACGUGACGGACUCCCCGUCCUUCGCUGAUAGAUUAGACAGACUAUAUGAGAAAUUAGAAAAAAUAACGGUUGCACCCGCAAAAAAGUUCAAUGAAAAACUAUACGCUAAAUUGGAUAGGUUAAAUUCUCUCACGCCGGCCGAACUCAGCGAGGAUGAUGAAGAACUAUUGUCGGCGAUGCAAUUGUGGGGGUCGAUGAGUGACGACCAGCUGAGAGGGGUUGUGCAGGAGAUGCAGAGGAUGCGGGAGGACGAUAAGAGUGAACGUCUCACUGAUGAAUACAGUGAUGGAUACUGGAACGAUGAUGACUUGGAACAAGACCUUGGUGAUGGAGAUUACGCUAAUGAUGUCGGCGAAGAGUGGGAUCCAUUGGAAGAAGACAGCAGCUCCACCAGCAGGCCUCUCCUUGGGAUCACACCUUCAGCCUUCACCAGACUAGAUGUAUCCAGACACACUACCCUCGACCCUGUCGCUGCGACUAAUGAACGGCCAAGGAUUUUAGAAGAUUCUCACUCCACAGCAGAGGAGCGCGUGUUUUUACACAAGGGCGCAAUAGCGAACAUGCGCAACGUCGUCCACGCCGGCAAGUGUCUCACCCCACAGCCGAGGUGGCUCUCUGUGAGGAAACUGGCACCAGCUGCGGAUACUCUUUACAUACCGCCGUGCGUGCAGCUGCACCGCUGCGCUCCAGACUCGGGCUGUUGUUACGACGAGAGCCAAGUCUGCACGCCAGUCGAUGGGAAAUACGUCGCCUUAUCGUUCUUCCUAAACCGAGCCGGUAGUAACGUCACACCUGCCAGGAUAUUAUUCUACAACCACACUAGAUGCGCUUGCGUCUCAAAAGAAACGCAACAGAGUACACCUAGGACGAAGAUUUAUCACGGAGGCGAGAAAGAGAUUGAAAUUAGAGAGGAAAAGAACGAGAGUGUUUCGAAAGAAAGACAAAACGAUUGGAGAGCGCCCACUGAAGAACCUAGAUUAGAAAGAGAUGAGGAACAGACUUCUCCCCCUCAAUUAAAAAGAUGCACCUGUCCAGCGCUGUUCAAGAAUCGUAUAAAAGAUGGUAUAUGCUCCUGUGUUUGCGAUUGGCCAGAAAUAACUCGGAAACGCGAAUGUCUCUCCCUCGCAAGGGGCAAGGAACACUUCGGAUUGAGGGAUAGGGUAUGUGUCUCACAAGGAGACUGUACAAUGCCGACCUGUGAGUACGGACCCUACGAGAGAAGUUCCGGCAGAUGUCCGUACAGACGAUUCAAGAGAAGAUUCCACUCGAGAAGAUACCAGCGCGACAAAGUCUGAUGCAUUAUCGCUAUCAGUAGACCUUACUAAUUUUCCAAUCGACAUUUCAAAAUAAAAUUUUCAAACAGCUACAAAAUAUUAGAUAUACUAAUAAGUAGAUCUAAGUCAUACGAUCCAAAAAUAUUAAUGGAGUGUGGACACCAAACAAGAGGAGAGGCUUAUGUUGACAAUAUUUGAGACUGUAGGCAAGGUAUUAGUCCUGCCCAUACACUGCCAACCGAUCAGUUUCCUGUCUGAAUUUAUGAUGAAAUGAUAUGGAGAAUCGUGGUUGAGUGGUAAUCGAUACAGAAUAUUAAAAAUCGAUUAAAUAUAGACUGAUAGUUAAAGAGCUGAUGCAAUUAAAUAAUGCAACAUGAAUUAUGAAGCAACAUUCAGGACGUCGAUACUCAAUCGUCGUUAGCGGAAUCGAAAUAUCGUUCUUUUUUCAAUGUCACAUCUUCAUUUAAAUACUAGUCCAUAAAAAAUACUGCUUUGAUAAAAAAAUUAUGUCUAAUAUCUUAGCUUUCGGUCGACAUUUUUGGUCGAAUUUAAUAAAGAAAUUUCAAAAUAAGUAAUAAAAUUUACGCAAAUGUUAGACGUAAUUGGCGACUGUUUCAAUUAUUAUUUUAACCGAUUAAUAUUAACGCUGUGCCUUGUAAGAAAAAUGUUUAAAAUUUAAUAUCAUACGAAUGUAUUUAAUAAUUCUCGUUACAUAAAAAGUCAAUUAUAACAUAGGUAAGGAUAGUCUGUAUAGAUAAGAUAAUAUUAAGAGGUAUUAUGUAUAUUAAAAUAAAAAGUUUUGUAACAUCUGUUAUUUAUUAAGGCUUAUGGAAUAUAGCCAUAUCUUCAUGUUUCGUCUUAAGAGGUGGAUAUACGUCGUUGACCUUGUUCGACUGGGCAUUACUAAUAAAUAUGCCUCGCGGAAACCUCAACUCCUGUGCCCUGUUAU